GUUGUUCACCGCCUCAAGUCCUCCAUAGGUUUGAAGCAUCACUAAUCGGCGAGUGGAUCCGUCGUUGGCUCGCCGAAAAUUAACGGAAAGUCGGCUCCGCACGGAGCACCGAAGCAUCACGUGACACGGACAAACUCUGGGAGCACGGAAAUUCUUCCCGAGUCGCAAUCGAUCUGAAGGGCGGAUAUCAAUCCCAAACAGGGCCACCAUAUCGCGAAAAAAAAGGCGUUGCGAAAAUGCAGCCAACAAGAGCCCUGCUGAAGAGAUCCGUGUGGAAGGGACCACACAUCGUCCCUCUCCCUAUCGUGCGGCCCCAGCCUGGUCAGAAGAUCACGCCCAUCCGGACGCAGGCCCGUUCCGCAACAAUCCUGCCCAACUUCGUCGGCCUCAAGUUCCAGGUCUACAACGGCAAGAGCUAUAUUGAUGUAACGAUUACCGAAGACAUGGUCGGGCACAAACUGGGGGAGUUCUCACCGACGAGAAAGCCUUUCAUUUGGACCAGGUUGUGAGGUGGGAUUUUCGAACAUUGUUCGGACAGCGCUCCUGGGAAGGCAGAGGAAGACAAAUACAUGUAUAACACUGUCAAGAUAGCAGCGAUAAACUUGUAGCAUAAGGUGUUGGGGCC